AUUGGGCAAAAAAGUGAGAGACGAAUUAAAGUGCGAAAUUUCUUCAUUACAUUUCUUAAUUUUUGCUUGCAAAAUGAAAAAUUACGUUUUGCUAAUAGUGUGAACGGGAACGAAUAAAUAAGGAGUUUUUAAUAAAGCUUAUUGAAUAGUGUACGCGUGUAUUGCAAGGCAAAUAUAUAUUUUGCAGAGCUUGUGUUGAAUCGGCAAGUUCUUCGCUUUGCUUAUUUUUUUUAUCACCAAAUGUGCAACUCGAUUUUCUUUUAAUCUAUAAUAAAAGUUACAAAGAUACACUCUUCCAGUUAUUAUAAUAUAGUGUUCUGUGUAUUUCCGGCAAUUAUCAUGAAAUAAGUCAUACCAAUGUGUUUGUGGCUAAAACGAAAGUAAUAAAUAGUAUUGUGUGGAAUGUUUGACAUUCAAUUAUUACACUGUUUCAACGAAGUUAACCACGAAAAAAUUUACAUCUUUUAAAAGUUAUACAUAUUGGGUAUUCAUUUAAAUAUCAUAUUUUUAAAGAAUAUUAUAAAUUGUUAAACGAACCGAAAACGUGAAAAGAUGACUUCAACUACUAAUAGAAAUGAUACAACAACGAGUACUUGUGACAGCGAUAAUGUGGGAAGCAGCAUAGCGGCAGGUAACGCCAACGGGAGCGGCAGCGGCACCAUAGAAGCUGAGUAUAAUAGAAUCGCUGAUCGACAAGGCUGGCAUAGGUGCUACCAGGAAAUUCGUGAUCACUGUGAACGUGAAGCUAGUGAAAAACAGUUUGGCACUAUUGAAUCGGAGAAACCUUACAAUCGCUGCCUAAACAGAUACAGAGAUGUAAACCCGUACGAUCACUCUCGCAUCAUCAUCCAUAGGGGCAGUGUUGACUAUAUAAAUGCAAAUCUUGUUCAGCUGGAACGUGCCGAUCGCAAAUAUAUUUUAACACAAGGACCUCUAGUGGACACCGUCGGCCACUUUUGGCUAAUGGUUUGGGAACAAAAUACCAAAGCCAUUCUAAUGCUGAACAAAUUAAUGGAAAAGAAACAAGUUAAAUGUCAUCACUAUUGGCCAGACAGAAAGGGUCCUGAGAAUGCGUUGAGAUUAGAAGAAGUGGAUUUGACCGUUGAGUUUCUACGUUGCGAAGAAUAUAAGAACUUCUGUCGCAGAUGGUUCAAGCUAACAGAUCUGGAGACAAAUACCAGCCGUGAAAUACUGCAAUUUCACUACACAACAUGGCCAGACUUUGGCAUUCCUAGUUCACCAGUAGCGUUUCUACAGUUUCUAAAACAAGUGCGGGACUCAGGCGCACUCGAUGCCGAUGUGGGACCAGCAGUUGUGCAUUGCAGCGCUGGUAUUGGUCGUUCUGGCACAUUUUGUUUAGUUGACUGCUGUUUAGUACUGAUCGAGAAGGAAGGCGAAGCGAAUGUUUCUGUGCAGGAUGUGCUUUUUGAGCUGCGCAGAUAUCGCAUGGGCUUAAUACAGACUGCAGAUCAAUUAUUUUUCUCUUAUCAAUCAAUCAUAGAGGGUAUUAAAUUGCUCAAAGAUCCAGAAUUUCUAAAUUACAAAGAAACCCCAAUUACCAGCAGUGACAGUGCACAUGAACAGUAUGCUCCCGAUGUAAUAGCUAGUGGCGAUGUUCCGCCACCCUUGCCACCACGCACACAUUCCCUAACACUGCCAAUGGCCGGUUGUAGCCCUGCCGGUUCAUUAACGUUGAACCUACAUGGUAAACCAUUACCAAAAAUACCAGCCAGUGAAAGUUUUAACGAGGAAUUAUAUGCACUCACCGACAAUGCAAAUCACACUAGCAAGGAUGCAUUGAAUAAUUUCAUAAACAAUGAAAAAACAGCUGAUAGUUUGUCAAAUCGACCGCUGCCACCUUUACCACAACAGCCUCAAAUCACUCAAGCCUCAUUGGAUCGUAUAUAUGGAUCGGAGAGUGAUGAAAAUGAAUGUUACGAAAAUGAUGAAAGUGACGACGACGAUAAUGAUGAGCAAAUCAAUGAACAAACUGAUGACAAUGCGGACGAUAUGAAAAACGCUAACGCUGUACAUGAACGGAGUAUAAGCAGUGAACGGGCAAGCAGCGGUGGUGGCGGAGGCGGCUUUAAUGAGCAAUUGGACGAAGUUAAAUUAAAUGGCACCGAUAUUACAUAUAGUAAUUCAAACACCGUCGGAAGUCCCGAAAAUGAGUUGAAGCGACGAAAACGUGCCGAACGACAGGCGAAUAUCGAGCACAAGGUGAACGAGAUCAAGCGAAAGCAGCGCGAAUCCGAAGAGAGCAAACAUGCGGCGAAGAAACGAAGGUCAUUAAUUACCUAUAUUGCGGCGGGUGUUGUUGUGGGUGUGAUUUGUGUGUAUGCAUAUUCGAAAUUAGCCUAAAGCAAAACCAGAGUGUUGCAAAUAAUGGUAAAUAAAACUGAGCAGCUUAAAGGCCGCAAUCAGCAACAAUUGAUAGUUAACUUUGUGUCGCGCACAUGCUCUAAAGCGCUCCAUCAUUUACAUAUACAAUAACGCUCUCGCCAAUAAUAUCAAUAAUAACAACAAUGCGAAUAAGUUAUUAUUUAGAAUAUUUAAUGUUGAUUGAAUUAAUCAGAGUUAAUAUUUUGCAUGUAAUUGAGACGCAGAUUAUCCAAAUACAUUUACAAAUACAUUCAUAAAUUAACCGUAAAUAGUACAUAGUUAUCUACAUACGUAAAUUCAUACUUUUGAAUAAGAUGUAAAAUCUUGAAGCAUAUUUGUGAAAUGUUUACUUUACUCAUUUGACCGUUACUUUCCAAAGCAUUUGCAUAAUAAAUAUUUUCUCUUUUAUUGACAUAAAAUACCUAGAGCUCUAUAAUUUAACAUUGGUUUCAGUUACUUAUAACCACAACACGCACAAGAAACCACACCCUAUGCACCUAAAAUUCAUACAUUCAAGCAUAUUUUUACAUAUAUACAUAUAUAAUUUUUCCCAUAAGACUCGGCCAAAUUAUUUACUUAUUUUUGAAAUCUAACAACAUAAACGUUUUGCUAAAAGAAAAAGUCUAUUUUUACAAGUAGAUCCCUUUAAGUUCAAGCCAGCUAACUUGUGACCUUGAAGCAAAAUAUUUAGAACAAUGAUAUUCAAAUCGAGCGCCCAAAAUGUGUUUUGUACACUUUAUAUUAGUUUGACCAAUCCAGCAGAAUUUCUUCUUACCGUUUCAGUAGUUUGAUAUACAUUUAAAUUGAAACUUAAGUUUUACAAAGUAUCAAAACAAUUUCUGCUCGAUUCGUAUAUGUAAUUGACCGCAAUAGACUGAGCAUAUGUAUAACGAAAACUAGAACAAAUUACAUCUUUGUAAAUAUCUACAAUUCAUAACAUUAUAUAAAAAAUAAUAGAGAAUCUAAGAUGAAUAGUGCUAAGUUGAGAAAUGCCACACUUUUCUUUCUAACCGCAUUAAUUGUUGCGUAAGAAUUUCCUUAAAUUUCUAAGGUAUUUUUAAUACUUAAGGGUUGAGUUGAGAACACACUGCUAAAAGAAAAUUUUAAUACAUAAUUUUCAUUUUUUACCAUAAGUUAUCGAUAUAUUUGAAAAUUUUUAAGAACUUUAUUGGAUAUUUUUGAGCUAAAGAAUUGCAUUUUUUUGUUUCUUUGCAUAUUAAACUCUUGGCAUUUGCAGUUAAAUCAUUUACAGGCACAAUAAUUGUGCUGUAAUUUUCAAUAUUUCUAUUAAUAACUCAAAAUUCUCACAA